AUCGGAAGAAAGUACCUUGAGAGCUCUAUACGUUCUUCUUCUGCUUCUUUCUGCAACAUAUCCUAAUACGACAAAAACCCCUACAACACAAUUCCAAUAAAUAUCUUUCCUGAAUCUGUAUCUGUUCUGAUUUUUUUUGUGGGAGAGGUCAGUUUUUUUAUGAACUGGAGCUGAAUCGAAUUGAGUCUCUGAGAUUAUUGAUCGUACAUAAUUGUUGUUUAUACGUAUGAGCUGGUUCAUAAAUCUGGGGAUAUCAACGAAUUCAAGUCAUUUUAUAACUUGUCUGUUGAUUUUUGUUCUUCAUUAUUCUCCUCAAUUAUUUGAAAAACCCUUGAAUCCUAGGUUAAAUUAUAGUAAUAUCGUAUCGUUAUCAUCAUCAAAACAAUAUGGAGUCACAGAAUCAGAGUAAUCAUUUAAAAAAAGGUUCUUUCUUUUCACUUGAGAGAAAACAGUUUACUCGUUCCGUCAUUGUCAUAGGUGGUGGUUUUGCCGGUAUUUCAGCUGCUCGCGCUCUUCAUGAUGCCUCCAUUCAGGUUGUCCUGUUGGAAUCGCGGGAUAGGCUUGGUGGCCGUGUCUACACUGACUAUUCAUUUGGUUUUCCUGUUGACAUGGGAGCAUCAUGGUUGCAUGGUGUCUGCAAAGAGAAUCCCUUGGCAAGUUUGAUCUCUAGAAUGGGAUUACCCCUGUACCGAACUAGUGGUGACAAUUCUGUAUUGUAUGAUCAUGACCUAGAAAGCUAUGCUCUCUAUGAUACUGAAGGAAAUCAAGUUCCUCAAGAACUUGUCACUAAAGUCGGGAUAGUUUUCGAGGACAUUUUGAAAGAGUCAGAGAAAGUACGUGAUGAAUUCAGGGAUGAUAUGUCCAUCAUGCAGGCAUUUGCUAUUGUGUUGGAAAGGCGGCCAGACCUAAGGCAAGAAGGGCUCGCUCACAAGGUUCUGCAGUGGUACUUGUGCAGAAUGGAAGGCUGGUUUGCUGCGGAUGCAGACACCAUCUCGCUUAAGUGCUGGGAUCAGGAAGAACUACUUUCUGGUGGUCAUGGGCUUAUGGUUCGGGGUUAUCUCCCAGUUAUCAACACUCUUGCAAAAGGUCUCCACAUCCGCCUAGGGCACAGCGUUACAAAAAUUGUUCGGCGCAAUUAUGGAGUUAAAGUCAUGGUUGAGGAUGGGAAAACAUUUGCAGCAGAUGCGGUUGUAAUUGCUGUUCCGCUUGGUGUUUUGAAAGCUAAGCGUAUAGAGUUUGAGCCUAGGUUACCGGAUUGGAAAGAAGAAGCCAUCGCUGAGCUUGGGGUUGGGACUGAGAACAAGAUAGCUUUGCACUUUGGCAGCGUUUUCUGGCCGAACGUGGAGUUCUUAGGAGUAGUUGCACCGACUUCAUAUGGAUGCAGUUACUUCUUAAAUCUUCAUAAGGCAACAGGCCAUCCUGUUCUUGUUUAUAUGCCUGCUGGAAGGCUGGCCCAUGAUAUUGAUAAGAUGUCUGAUGAGGCUGCUGCUAAUUUUGCAUUUCUCCAACUGAAGAAGAUUCUUCCUGAUGCUUCUGAACCGAUUCAGCAUCUUGUUUCUCACUGGGGGACAGACGUCAAUUCACUUGGAUCCUACAGCUAUGAUACAGUAGGUAAACCCCAUGAUCUGUAUGAACGACUUAGGAUUCCAGUCGACAACAUGUUCUUUGCUGGAGAGGCGACGAGUGCAAGCUAUCCAGGGACUGUGCAUGGGGCAUUCUCAACUGGGCAGAUGGCAGCUGAGGAAUGUAGGAUGCGUGUCCUUGAAAGGUAUGGGGAGUUGGAUAUAUUCAACUCUGUCAUGGCCAAGGAGACGCACGUUCCAAUCCAGAUUUCUCGACUGUAGAGCACUUCAGUCCUUCCUUGGUAAUAUAUGUUAACAUGGUGGGUCAAACCAUAAUAAAACUCAAUUUUAUGAUGUCUGGAAUAUUUUUUAGCAUCAGGUAUGAUGUGUAUAUCCACGAGAACUUUGAGCCUGUAGCAAGAACAUUUUACUUUUUACUUAGCCUAGUGGUAGUUUGGAAAAAAGAACAUUUUACUUUUUACUUAUGAUUAUUGGGGAGGAUUAAAUUCCCCUUUUCAUAGAAUGAAGAUUCUUAUGUCUCUUGCUGAAGCUUUUUUUAUGAAGGAAGAAGGCAGUUAGGGGUACAAAAAACUUCUAGACACCAUCUAGUUUGCUUGUUAUUUAGGCGGAGAGAGGCAUUAUAUAAUUGUAAAACAUUUUUUUUAAUCAUUUGGACAACUUUAUAGAACCUAUGCAUUAUGUUCAA